CACGUGAUUUGCGGGCGACUGGCGUGUAGGGCCCCCGGCCACAAUCUGUCGGGUCCUGUCUGCUGCGUUACGUGGGAAGCGCCGGGGCAGCUGCUGGGAGGGGUCUUAGGAGAGAUCGUAGGACAUCUUUUGAAGAGCUGCCAUGUCCAGAAAUCCUGCAUCUUCCUCAGAACAGAACAACAACAGCUAUCAAACCAAAACCUCAAGUCUUCGAACGUCAGAGAAGAAAUGUUCAUGGGCAUCCUAUAUGACCAACUCCCCGACUCUCAUCGUUAUGAUUGGUUUGCCAGCCCGGGGUAAAACCUAUGUGUCCAAGAAACUAACACGCUACCUCAACUGGAUUGGAGUGCCCACCAAAGUGUUUAACCUUGGGGUGUAUCGGCGUGAAGCAGUCAAGUCCUAUAAGUCCUACGACUUCUUUCGGCAUGACAACAAGGAGGCCAUGAAGAUCCGCAAACAGUGUGCUCUGGUGGCAUUGAAGGAUGUCAAGGCAUAUCUCACUGAGGAGAACGGGCAGAUCGCGGUGUUUGAUGCCACCAAUACCACCCGGGAGAGGAGGGACAUGAUUUUGAACUUUGCCGAGGAGAAUUCCUUCAAGGUAUUCUUUGUGGAAUCUGUCUGUGAUGAUCCUGAUGUCAUUGCUGCCAAUAUCCUGGAAGUAAAGGUGUCGAGCCCUGACUACCCUGAGCGGAACCGGGAGAAUGUGAUGGAGGACUUCCUGAAGAGAAUCGAGUGCUACAAAGUCACCUACCGACCCCUUGACCCAGACAACUAUGACAAGGAUCUUUCUUUCAUCAAGGUGAUAAAUGUGGGCCAGCGAUUUUUAGUCAACAGAGUCCAGGACUACAUCCAGAGCAAGAUAGUCUACUACCUCAUGAAUAUUCAUGUCCAUCCUCGCACCAUUUACCUGUGCCGGCAUGGAGAGAGCGAGUUCAAUCUCUUGGGGAAGAUUGGGGGUGACUCUGGCCUCUCAGUGCGGGGAAAGCAGUUUUCCCACGCUCUGAGGAAGUUUCUGGAGGAACAGGAGAUAACAGACCUCAAAGUGUGGACGAGCCAGUUGAAGAGAACUAUCCAGACUGCAGAGUCUCUUGGGGUGACUUAUGAGCAGUGGAAGAUUCUGAAUGAGAUUGAUGCUGGCGUGUGUGAGGAGAUGACCUAUGCAGAGAUAGAAAAGCAGUAUCCAGAAGAAUUUGCUCUUCGAGAUCAAGACAAGUAUCUGUAUCGGUAUCCUGGUGGGGAGUCGUACCAGGACCUUGUGCAGCGGCUGGAGCCUGUCAUCAUGGAGCUGGAACGUCAGGGCAACGUCCUCGUCAUCUCCCACCAGGCUGUCAUGCGCUGCCUCCUGGCCUACUUCUUGGAUAAAGGCGCAGAUGAGCUACCAUAUUUGAGAUGCCCACUUCAUACCAUCUUCAAACUUACUCCUGUGGCCUACGGGUGCAAAGUGGAAACAAUUAAACUCAAUGUGGAGGCUGUGAACACGCACCGUGACAAGCCAACUGCAGCAGACAACAAACUGGCAAUGCACAGACGCCCGUCUGCCGCAGCCCUCACAUUGCUUUCCAGUUGAUGUGGCGGCCCGGGCCACACCUCUCCGAGGGACUGGGAUCUGCUGAAAAGCUUGGGAUGUCAGCUCCACAGAGGCUAGAACAGGAAGUUAAGUUGGUACUGGACAUUUGGGGCCACCAAAAUGAGGCCUGGAAAAACAUCACCACACCUCCUCCCCUCUCGCCUAAUGGGAAUAUCCGUUACAUUGAAAAACUUAACAUCCCUGUGCCUCAAAACAUUUAACAGCCUGAACUGAUUAGUUUGUAUCAUCUCUUUGCUGAGUUUGGCCCACGUUGGCCAAUCUCUUUCUGUUUAGACAUUUAACAUGCUACCUAUGACUAUCCACAUCCCCCGUUGGCUAUUCUUUGCCUAAAGUGCAAAUGCACCUCUCAGUUUCCAAGUGAGAGGACCGAACUCCAGAAAGCCUUUUCUGUGUGGUGAGAGCUGGUCUCUUGCAUCCAUUCCAGGCGAGCAGGCUACGGUCCCACACACAUACGCUAGCAGUCACCUUCUGCCGCAUUGGAAACAAAGGACUAAUCACCAGGUGAAUGGAGGGUGUCUGAGAAAUUCAGUCCCUGGAACAUCUCUUCUGCAGUGACGGAAGAACAGUGUCCGUAGCAACCUUUUCGUUUAGAGAGGUUUUUCUUGUUCCAGGCCCUUCAGGGCAGGAUCUGACUGCAAGACUCCCCUAAAUAGGUACCCACCUUCUAAGUUCUCUUUUGUAGCUACUGCAUUUUCUACGUGAUGCAUGUGCCUCUCGUAGCUGAAGACUGGGCUGACUUAAUUCUCCUGAGUGGUUGGGAGUACGGACUGGAGAGAAAAGUAAGGUACCAUUUACAUCCCAUGAAGAAGUAAAGAAGGCUCCUUGGGAUCAACUGUAUCGGGGAGGCUUUUGGUUUCAAAACAGGUGGAAGGAGACAUCCCCUUCCGCUGGAUCUGUCACCACGAUGUGGUGUCUAACAAAGCCGUGACUGCAUCUUCAAGAGGAGCAGGCUUCUGAAGCCUGACUCUUAGCUAGCUGUCACUGUUGUGGUCAACUGGUCUCUCGUGUAAAACUUGGGGGGAGCCGGGGAGAACCAAGGCCUCAGUGCAUUAGUCACUUGGUUUCCCUUACGGAUAAACCAGAUAACUCUUCCCUACAUCAGUGACCGUCAGAUGUGCAAGUAUGUCUCUGUUAAUGCGAUUUUAACAUGUCACCACUCCUGAAGGAGAGUGUGGGAUCCCCAAAGGAUAUUAUAUCUUGCAAGCAAAAAAGAAUAAUAUGUUUUUAGCUUUAAAAAAUUUUUCUUUUCUUUUUCACUCAAAUGCCCGCUUGCUGGGCAAAAGGGUGAGUAGCAAAAAAAAGUAAUGACAUGCAGCUUCCCCCAAAUGGUUCUUUUAUACUGUGGGUGAUACAAGACUCUGUAACCUAAGAGUGAUGAGCUGGGCUGCGGGCAGUUCAGCAUCUAGAAACUAGGAGCUUAUUUUAUACACACACAGCUGCCUUGAGAAAGGCUCCUUCCUGCUCUGUAGCAGGUGAUUUUCACAUGGCUGCUUCUAGCAUGCUGUACUGUAAUGAUUUUGUUCUUGUGAUGUGGGUUUCUCUCUGCAUCUAAAUAUACUGUCUUGAUGAUCAGACAAUGUUUUUAUUUAGUUAUUUAUUCUGUCCAUGGAAGACAUUUCUGAGUCUGCAUAUCACCGUUUGCAUGUAUUUAAUCAGAAUGUAAUGUAAUUUAUAUUGUCAGUUGUUUUGGUAGAAAUUUAGAUAGCUUGAGCUUUUAAGUCGAAUGUCAUAGUAUUACCUUAAGUUAAAUUUCCAGAAUAUGGAUAUCUGUCUUCUGUAAAAGGCUAAUAACGAUAUUAAUGGAUGGGGAAGUUUUUUGAAUACUUUUUUUCCUCAUUGAUUUUUAUUAUAAAUAUAAACCAAGAGAUCCAUUUUUCUGGCUGAACGUUUAUCUCCUGGAUAAAUAAAGUCAUGCUAAAAUA